GGUAGGUAGCCUAUUUGCUACUGCCGACAACCAGACGUGAGCACGAUUGCAUGUGAACCAUCAAGAACGAAGAGAACCAGCGCGAGGAGAGAGACAAGCGCACGAGGGUGUACGUCAGAGAGAGAGCGAGAGAGAGAGCACGCGAGAGAGCGUACGGAAAGGAAAAAAAAAACUUUAGUUAACUAUGGCCCUGUCAGCAACUCCUCCGGUGCUUUCGCCGACCUCUACCCCGGGGUCCGGUAGCCUAUUCCGCCCAGAUCCCCUCUACUCAAGUCCCGACGAGUCUCCCAGACUGACCAGCAGCAUGAUCAACUCCUUCAUCAGCAGCGCAGGCGGCGGCGGUGGAAAUGGGAACGGCUCCAGCGGCAAUAACGAGUGCAAAAUGGUGGAGGUCCACGGGGUCAAAGUAGCCUCUUUCACCGUGGACGGUCAGGAGCUAAUAUGCCUGCCGCAGGUUUUCGACCUCUUCUUGAAACAUCUGGUCGGCGGCUUGCACACCGUCUACACCAAGCUGAAGCGGCUGGAUAUAUGUCCGGUGGUCUGCACCGUGGAACAGGUCCGGAUCCUGCGCGGACUCGGCGCUAUUCAGCCGGGGGUGAAUCGCUGCAAGCUCAUCUCCCGCAAAGACUUUGAAACUUUGUACAACGACUGCACAAAUGCAAGCUCCAGGCCUGGUCGUCCCCCUAAGCGCUCCCUGGGUGUGCCGAUGCAGGACAGCUCCAGGCUUCUUCCCCAUGGGGUCCACGGCCUGCUCUCCCCCGGCCUGCUCUCCCACACAGGUCUGACUGCGGCGGCGAUGGCGGAGGCCAUGAAGCUGCAGAAGAUGAAGCUGAUGGCCAUGAACAGCAUCCACGGCGCCAGCAGCCAGAACGGCACCGAGUCCGAGAACGACGAGCUCAACUCUAACGCAGGUUCUCGGGAGUACUCGAGAUGGCUGGCGACACUGCUGACGGGACAACUGAGUUCCGGGCUGUGGCGCAUGAACGACACAGAUCCCGGAACAAUCGGGAAUAAUAUGUGUUUUGUUGGCGGCAGUGAGUCCUCCUGGGACAAGGAGAAGCUGCAGUCCCCCCCUUCCUCUGGAGCCGGGCAGCAUGGGCUGGGGCCCGCCGGCCUGGCUGCCCAGCACGGCCUCUCCGGCUCACACCUUAGCUCCCUGCAGCAGAACCACCUGCUAGCCAACCGUCUGGAUCUGCCCUUCAUGAUGAUGCCCCACCCCCUGCUGCCCGUCAGUCUGCCCCCAGCCUCGGUUGCCAUGGCGAUGAACCAGAUGAACCACCUCAACACCAUCGCCAACAUGGCGGCCGCCGCUCAGAUGCACAGCCCCCUCUCCCGCAACACCGGAGCAUCUGUCAUCAAGGAGUGUGUGCAGGACAGCCCCAGCCCAGCUCCCUCCAUGGAGGAGGUUCCGCGCCCGGCCUCCCAGCCCUCCUCACACUCCCACCCCAGCAGCUCAGCCUCCAGCUCCCCCAGCCCACACAACCCCCUCAGCCCUCAGCGCCUGGUGCUGAAUCCUACUGAUGCAGAGCUAAUGGAGAGAGAGACUGGCAUCAACAUGAAGAAGAUCCUCAAGGAAAAAGCAGAAGAGGCCCAGUUGGCGGCGGUGCCCCUGAUGAAGCCUGGUUUUGAGAAGUUGCCCCUGGCAGGACAGACCCUCCCCCCGGGCUUCCCCGCCCCCUUCCUCUUUGCCGACGGCCUCUCUUCCGUCGAGACUCUGCUCACCAACAUCCAGGGCCUGCUGAAGGUGGCGGUGGACAACGCCCGCGUGCAGGAGAAACAGGUGCAGCAGGAGCGCAAGGAGCUGAAGAUGGAGCUGUACCGCGAGAGAGAGAUGAGGGAGAGCCUGGAGAGACAACUCACCUCCGAACUACACAGCCGAGCUACCAUCCAGAAGCGUCUGAAGAAGGAGAAGAAGGCCAAGAGGAAACUGCAGGAGGCUCUGGAGUUCGAGUCCAAGCGGCGCGAGCAGGUGGAGCAGGCACUCAAGCAGGCCACCACCGCCGACAACCUGCGCAUGAGCCUCAACGAGGCUGUGAUUCCAGACAUGGAGCCAGAGCAAAAUGGCAAUCAGCAGGAAAACUCCACUGUACAAGAGAACAGACCUCCCUUUUCCAAGCCUCCCAUCAUGUACUAAAAGGAGACGGAGCUCCAGCGCUGGUGGUGGAGGGUGCCACUGGUGGUGGGGGAGGCUCAUUGAGGAUGUUGGAAGCCCACGGAGGCACUCCUUGGCUGGGACAUAUGA